AUGCCCAGAUCCCGUAGCGGCUGCCUCAACUGCAAGCGCCGCAAGCGCAAAUGCGACGAGCAGCGCCCCAGCUGCCAGGCCUGCGUGCGCCGUGGAAUCCAGUGUGAGGGCUACGCCACGCCGCUGCGGUGGGCGGGCGGCAUUGCUGUCCGGGGACGCUUCGCCGGCGUGUCGAUUCCAGACGUGGCUGCAUGUGCUAAUAAGACGCCUGCAGCGGUUGCAGUGUCUUCAGUCUCACAGUCACAGCCGCUGUCCAGCUCACAUUCACUCUCCAGCUCAUAUCCACAGCCCACCAGCUUCUCUCAUCAGCGGCUCGACUCCUCCGCGGACGCCUCCACGUCUUCCCCGUCCUCGGCCGCCUGGGGCUCCAUCUCCAGCCCGUCGGACCUAUCAUCGCCCUCCAGCGAGGGCCUUGGCAUGGAACGGGAGUUGUUUACAAAGUUCCUCAGCUCUGGCCUUCGCCGCCUGUACACUACCGAAGCCUCAUGCUGGAUCCAGCCGCACUUUGAGGAGAUGGCGCUGCAGAGUCCAGCUCUGGUUAGAAUCUCUGCUGCAAUUCAGGCCUAUCUCGAUGAUGGCAAUGAGACUCCGUCUGUCCAGUCAAUGGAGCAUGUUGACCUCGCGCUGCAGACGUUUCGCCUUGAACUGGCGAGUCGUCAUGAAGUCAUGCAUGCCGCCACCCUCUGCGCAGGGUUGCUAUUAUGCACGUUACGCCUUCUACAAGCCCAACCGUGGACGGCGUACAUCGAUCUCAUAGCCGAUGCCUAUAGCUUGAGGACGCGGCUGCUGUCUCCAGAGCACGUGGCCAUCGACAACAUGCCCAUCCGGCACACUUUAGAAGUCAUGGGGGUAAUGGACAUUCCAUGCAUGGCGAUAGGCCGCGUAAAUUCUCCCAUCGGCAUCUGGAAGCUACUGCGGAGGCUGCAAGACAGCUUGAAAGACGGCCGGCUUGGAGGCAUCGAGAUUGUAUCGGGCCUGCCCAGGUCUCUCCUUGACAUCUUUGCCAGCAUCUUCGACAACGAUGACGAGUACACGGAAAACCGCUUCUGGACUUGGCCCGGUGAAAUAGGCGAGUACUUGCAAUGCCAUCUCUGGGACAGCUGGCGGUUCAGCGGCAUCCUCGAGGUCCGGCGCCGUAAAAGAAUGGAGCGGAAGCGGAGGGGGUCCAGGAGUAGCCAUGAUAAAGGAUCCGGCGCAUCAUCUGCCGCUCCAGGAACCGAACUCAUUCUGUGUCGAUUGAUCGCAUCCAUGGACGCACUAAACCGGGCCUUUGAACUGCCUCACAACGAACACUUACUAGUCCACAACGGGCUGAUGUAUCCGAUGGUGACGGCAAGCCUAGAAGUUGAAAUACUUAAACGACACCCCGAGUGGAGGAAGACUCUCGACGAGGUCCGCAUGGCCUUUCUGCGACGAGACUCGUUUAAGCUAGUCAAAGUUACUUUUGAGAUGCUGGAUGAGGCGUGGAAGCAUGGAACGUCUGACUUUGAUGUACAUGAAGCUGCCAGGCUUAGAGGCAUUGAAAUUGCCGUCUUCUAG